AUGUCACAACCACAGGAGAAGUCAGACCUCUGGGCCAAAAACCCCAAUACCUCCAGCGAGAGCACCCUCGGAGAUGCAGAACACCAGGAUAUUAAUGAGAAGGCUUUGCUACGGAAGCUUGACUUGCGACUUCUUCCGCCGCUGACUAUUCUGUAUCUGUUGUCGUUUUUGGAUCGGAGUAAUGUGGGAAAUGCAAAACUGGAGGGGUUGACCGAGGAUAUCAAUAUGACCGGAAACCAAUACCUCACCGGCCUAACCCUCUACUUCAUCGCCUACGUCGUCUUCGAAAUCCCCUGCAACAUCAUCCUCAAGCGGACGACACCGCGCAUUUGGCUGCCGACGCUUACGUUGAUCUGGGGGAUUGUGGCGACCUUGCUGGGCGUGGUGCAGAAUUACCCUGGGUAUUUGGUUUCGCGAACGGCGCUGGGUAUCGCGGAGAGUGGUCUCUUCCCUGGAGUGGUCUUCUACCUGUCUAUGUGGUAUAAGCGGAAUGAGCAGCAUUAUCGCGUGGCGUUGUUCUUCAGCGCGGCGUCGUUGGCGGGUGCGUUUGGGGGGAUUCUCGCGUGGGGCAUCGCGCAUAUGAAAGGCGUCGGCGGGUAUAACGGCUGGCGAUGGAUUUUUAUCUUGGAAGGUCUCCUGACGGUGGUCAUGUCGUUGGUUGCCUAUCUCUGGGUGUACAACUACCCUUCGACAGCCGAGUUCCUGUCCGAUAAAGAGCGCGCGUUCAUCCAGCACCGACUGAAGACGGAUAAUGAUUCGAUCCGAGACGAGGCGUUCUCCUGGUCUGCUGUGGUGGAUGCCCUUCAGGAUCCCAAGGUCUGGCUGUAUGGGCUGGGGUUCCAUACUAUGUCUCUACCACUAUACACUCUGUCUUUAUUCCUGCCCACCAUCAUCAAAGAACUGGGCUACACCUCCGCAGAAGCCCAACUCCUCUCCGUCCCCCCCUACGCCGUAGCCUUCAUCCUCACCAUCACCGUCGCCAUCCUCUCCGAGAAAACCCAGCGACGCGCCCCCUUCAUCAUGGGCUCCUCCAUGCUCGGCUGCAUCGGCUACAUCAUGCUCCUAUCCGACCCCCGCCCCGGCGUCUCCUACGCAGGGACCAUCUUCGCCGCCGCAGGCAUCUACCCCGCGGUGGCCAUCGUGCUCUCCUGGCCCGCCAACAACGUCUCCGGCCAGACGAAGCGCGCCAUCGCCAACGCGAUGCAGAUCUCCAUUGGCAAUCUGGGCGCCGUGAUGGGCACCCAGCUGUACCGGACGGAAUAUGCACCGCGGUACUUUGUCGGCCAUGGCGUUGCGCUGGCGUAUCUGGUGGCUAAUGUGGGGGUUGUGUCGGUGUUGUGGUGGGUCUUGCGGAGGGAGAAUCAGAGGAAGGCGGAGGUGAGGGAGAGAGAGGGGAUCAGUGUGGAGAUUGGGGAUAUCAGUGAUGCGAAGAAUGGGUUCCAGGGGGAUAAAGAUGUGAGGUGGGUAUUUCAGACUUGA